CAGCAUCCGGGUUCUAGAGGAACAAAAGUCUGAAGAUGAAUUUCCUACGUGCGCUUGCUGGUUUCUCGAGCUGGCUCUUCAAACCUGAACUUGCCAAGGACCCUCCUGAUAGUGCCGAGGACACUGUUAACCCAUGGCGUGAGCUGCUGAAAAAGGUAAAUGCGGCGGACCUCCCCGAUUCAGCCUUUUCGAACGGUAAGGAACUUAACGACUCUGUGUACAAUACUUUCGAACAUUUCUGGAAGACUAGGGACUAUGACGCAGUUGGCGAGCUGCUUCUGGCAUCUCUGGAUAAAGUAACAAAGGAAAAGGACCAAUUCAGAGAUGAAAUUUCCCAGCUCCGAAUGCACGUAAAUGAUCUAAAGGUUUCUAAGUGUGUCCUGGAGGAGACUCUUCUCUUCUACCGCCGCAGGAUUGAAGUUGGAGAAAAGCAGACUCGAGCCCUCAUUGUGAGAUUAGCUGAUUUACAAUCCCAGGUCCCGGGUCAGCCCGCUCGGAAGGUGUCUGCAGAUAAGGUGAACGCACUGAUUGGCAAAGAAUGGGAUCUGGUAACCUGGGAUGGAGAUGUGUGGCAGGACAUAGAUUCUGAUGGGACUGAGAAAGCAGACUUGCCCACUGCCUCGGCCUCUCCAACUUUGUCUAAAGAACGGGCCCAGCAGGACGAAGCUGCCAUUGCUCAGAACCAGUCUCUACCACCCUUAGUUACUUCUGGACCUGUCACCAGACCCAAGUCUAUGUCUGUCCUUACAAGUCAGAAACAAUGCCGUACUAACAGUGAACUCAAAUCACUUGCUUAUCCAAAUACACAAAAGGAAAAUGAACGUGCCGGGGAAUGGAUUUUAAGGGUGUGGGAUAAUGACGGGAGGCUCACAAUACUGGAUCAGACUGAAUUUCUUUGUUUAGGUCCUUUGAGCCAUGAUAGUGAGUUUAAUGUCAUAGCCCGCACUGUUGAAGGAAAUGGUGUGAAGAGUUUGUUUGAUUGGUUGGUUGAAGUAUGGGUCCAAAGAUGGCCUACUACGAGAAAGUUGCAGAUGCCUGACACCAUGUCAUGGCGUUAUAUUGCUGAUGGGAUUAAAAUCCUUAGGGAACUUGGAAUGAUUGAGUGGCUUUGUGUAAAAGCUACUUGUCCGAAGUGGAGGGGCCCAGAAGAUGCACCCAUCACUAGGGCUAUGAGGAUAACUUUUGUCAGGGCAACUCCAGAGUCUUGGAAGAGCUUUGUAUUUAGCCUUCUCUGUAUAAAGGACCAAACAGUGGGGGCCAUGGCUGCUGAGUUGCAGGACUUAGUAGAAAUAACUAAUAAAAUUAGCCAAAAGUAA